GUGAAAUCAGAUAUUUAUAGAGGGAAUGGAUCAAAGCAGAUCAAACAGUGCUCCUUUAAUGUAUUCAAAUAAUGGAUAUAGUUCAUUGCCAAGAUCAUCAUGUAGUUUACCUUCUUUACAACCUACCAAGCGGGAAUUCCUCACAAGCAUCAAUUGGAACGAAGAAGUGGAAGACAAAGAAGAAGAGGCAAUACGAGAGUUGUUAGAAGACGAUCACGAUAGUAUCCUGAGUAAUAGCAGUGAUGACGAAGCUGGUGUAGCCAUGCAUGGUCGAAAAACACUAAAUCAGUCAAAACCAUUAACGAUGAAUGUUUUAUCUUCUGAUAUCCUUUACGAAGACAUCUGGACUGAUUCACCUAUCUUUCGUGAGUAUCUGAAAUCGCUGGAGUUAUUUUUGCAUCGAUAUCUGACAUGGCUGGAGAAAGUAGAGCAAUGCAGACAACUAGAGAUUGCCUACACCAAAUCGAUUACUUUAUUGUUUGAGCAAACGAAGCUGGUAUUAAAUGAACCGUUUUAUUGUCCAACAGAGUUCCAACACAUUCAAUGGCCUAAAGAAGGAGUCUUUUCAGAGGAUCAAGACGGGGUAUUAGAACACAUUUUACCUUGUUUAAGGAACCACGGCGCCAAAAUAAAGGAAAUAUUGACGCGUUUUGAAUGCAUUAUCAAAGACUUAAGAACAAAGCAUGCUCAGUCUUCAAAUGCUUAUUGUGCUUCUCAAAAGCUAAAUAUGUCACAAACAAACAUUAAGUUAUUGGAUGUAAUGAAAUGAGUGCGUCGUUAUAUCUUGCAAAAAAAUCUUUGUGUAAAGCAUUGUUGGAAUACAUAUAUACACUAAACGAUCUAAUUAAGUCUACACGAUAUUUGAUUGAUGAAAAGCUGGCUCCAUUGAUGGUUAGG